AUGUCCGCAGCUUCAAAGUGCCACGUCCACGGUGAUGAUCCGAUUCAUUUGCACUGCAUCACAAGAGAUAACCAAGCGGUCUCCAAAAUGGGCAACUACUUCAGAGAUGGGCGAACUAAAAUUGAUUUUGUGCUGGUGUGGGAGAUCCGGUCACGGGGCAAGCAGCGAGGGAAGGGGAAACGCAACGGGAGCUGUGAGGAUGGGGAGUCUGCACAGCUGGCAGAGUGGAGGGACAAGUUUGUCCAGAACCUCCAGGCUGCCGGACUGCUCCUGGAAAAGGAGGAAUCUGCAAAUGAAAAGAAAACCAUACAUUUUCUUAAAGUCAGCGCYCCCUGGGACGUGUUGGUUUACUACGCUGAGGAGCUUUGCCUCCGAGCUCCACUGCAGGCCCAGCAACACCUGGACCUAAACACAUCUUCUGUGGUUCUAAAAAGACUCUGCGUACCCAACAUAAUGAUGGAAUCGGUGCCAAACAGGCCGCUGGACUAUUACACCUGUGCCUUCCGCAAGUCAAAGAUGAACAGAUUCCUCGGCUCCGGAGACCAAGACGGCUACUUCACUAAUACUCAGAGACACCAAGUUGUUUAUGAGAUUCUAGCUCGGACGGUGUACGGCAAAAGAAAGAGGACGGAGGUUGGCGUGGACAGACUGGUAAAUGAAAGGGCCUACACGGCAGCUUAUCCUCUGCAUGAGGGUCCUUUCAAGCUUCCGAGCCACAAGAUCCAUCCUGACGAGCUCAACCAGAGGCAGGUCCUGCACUACUACUGGGCUCGCUGGUGCAAAUGGUUCAAGUACCAACCACUAGAUCACAUUAGGGAGUACUUUGGAGAGAAGAUUGCCCUCUACUUUGCUUGGCUAGGUUUCUACACAGCCUGGCUGCUGCCGGCGGCCAUAGUGGGAACACUGGUUUUUGUGUCAGGAGUCAUGUCCAUGGACACCAACACACCAGCGGAGGACAUUUGUAACAGUGGUGCGAAGUAUCCGAUGUGCCCCCUUUGUAAAACAUGUGAUGCUUGGAACAUGUCUGAUAUCUGCACCAUGGCGAAGCUUGGCUACCUGUUUGACCACCCCGGUACCGUGUUCUUCAGCGUCUUCAUGUCCUUCUGGGCCGUGACCUUUCUGGAGUUCUGGAAGCGCAAGAUGGCUACUCUGGCCCAUCACUGGGACUGCAUGGACUUCCAUGAGGAGGAGGAACGUCCCCGUCCUGAGUUUGCCGCCACGGCCCCAACUGUGGAGGAGAAUCCAGUGACUGGAGUCAAAGAGCCGUACUUUCCAGAGAAGACGAGACUGUCUCGCAUGUUCACUGGCUCCAUGGUCAUCGUCCUGAUGCUGUGUGUGGUGAUAAUCUUCCUGGUGACGGUGGUCAUGUGUCGAGGAGUCAUCAGCGUCAUGAUGUACCAGAGCGGGAGCCCUGUGCUGCGUACAGAGGCUGGAACCAUAGCUAACAUCUGCAGCAGCAUUGUGAACCUGGGCUUCAUUCUGGUAAUGGGUCAGGUUUAUACGGCCUUAGCGGAGCAGCUCACCAAAUGGGAGAUGCACAGAACCCAAACCCAGCAUGACAACGCUUUCACCCUCAAAGUGUUCAUCUUCCAGUUUGUCAACUUCUACUCGUCUCCCUUCUACGUGGCUUUCUUUAAGGGAAGGUUUGUGGGUUACCCUACAAACUAUGGAACCUUGUUUGGGAUGAGAAACGAAGAUUGUGGUCCUGGCGGUUGCCUCAUUGAGCUGGCUGAACAACUCUUCAUCAUAAUGGUGGGGAAGCAGCUGAUCAACAACAUCCAGGAGUUCAUCAUACCCAAAGUAAAAGCCUGGCGGCAGAAAAGAACCUUGGCCAGCGUGUUGGGAGAUGAUGAGCAGGACGAGCCUCGACGCUGGGAGGAAGACUAUAAGUUGGUGCCAUGUGGGGGCCUGUUUGAGGAAUAUCUGGAAAUGGUCCUCCAGUUUGGGUUCAUCACAAUCUUCGUAGCAGCGUUCCCCCUGGCGCCGCUCUUCGCCCUCCUGAACAACUGGGUGGAGAUCCGCCUCGACGCCCACAAGUUUGUGUGCGAGUACCGCCGACCGGUGGCCGAGCGGGCUCAAAACAUCGGAGUUUGGUUCAACAUCUUAGAAGCCUUGUCUCAUCUGUCUGUCAUUGCCAACGCCUUUCUGAUCGCCUUCACGUCAGAUUUUUUACCACGCCUGCUCUACCAGUACAAAUUCAGCAAUGAUCUCAAUGGAUAUGUUAACUUCACCUUGGCCUACGCACCACUCAACUACACUGACUACCCUCUGUGCAGAUAUAAAGCAUUCAGAGACAAUGAUGGAAUGUAUACGCUCUUCUACUGGGAACUCCUCGCUGUGCGACUUGGUUUUAUCAUUGCAUUUGAGCAUGUGGUAUUUUUUGUUCUGCGAGCCAUUGACUGGAUCGUACCCGACGUCCCUGAGUCCUUGGAGCUGAAGAUCAAGCGAGAGCGCUACCUGGCCAAGCAAGCGCUGGCUGAAAACCAGGAGGCGCUGUUGCAAGCGACACGUCCUUUGGAUUGAUGAAUCGGGACUGGAAUGGAAUGCUGGGAGGAAACAUUCGAGGAAGACGCUCCUUUGAAUUUAAGAAGAUAAUUUUUUUCAUCAUUUGAAAGUCAAAAAGCCAGCUCCACAUGAGAUUAUUGAUGCUGCUGCACGCAGACUGAGGCAGAGGAAACUAAGGUCACUGGUUGGCUCUUUCACCAGGAGGAUUCUAACUUCAGUUGUUGGAUGUUUGAGCUAUAAUUUAAGCUGGGCUUUCCUUUUCGGAGCAAGGCGUAAUUCAUCAAGCAUGAGGAAUAAUGACGCCGCUUCUCUGCAGAUUAACUUGAUUUAUGACUACCAGCAGCUACAGCAUGCAUUGUUGAUGCAGAUGUGUACAGAAACGUAUUCACAGCCCCUUUAUCUUUUUAUUUUAUUUUUUUACAUUUUAUCACAUUGCAACCACAAACGUCACUGUGUUUUACUGGGAUUUUAUCUGUCAGAAAAAAAAACACUUGUAAAGUGGAAGUUAUAUUCAAAGUAAAGUAGUUUAUCAUAUUUUUUUGUCUUAAAAAUAAAAAUCUGAAGAGUG